AUGGCUUCCUUCCACCACUACUUUUUCAGUUUCCUUCUCUUCUGUUCUCUUCUCUUUCCCAUAUUAUCUCCUUCCAUAGCCAGCACUACUUCUUCCAGAACCAAAGCUUUAGUUUCGCCUGUGGCUAAAGACUCUGCCACACUCCAAUACCUUACCCAUAUAAGCCAAAGGACACCUCUAGUCCCAGUUAAACUAACACUAAACCUUGGGGGUCAAUUCCUUUGGGUAGAUUGUGACCAAGACUAUGUCUCGUCCACCUAUAAGCCUGCAAUUUGCGACUCAGCUCCUUGCAACCUUGCUCAAUCCAAGUCUUGUUCUGAGUCCUGCUUUUCUAAUCGUCCUAAACCAUGCUAUUAUAAUAACACUUGCAGUCUCUUCCCUGAUAAUAGUGUUACUAAAACCGGCACCAUUGGUCAGUUUGGCCAAGACAUUGUCUCCGUUCAAUCCACCGAUGGGUCUAACCUCGGUAAGGUGGUUUCUGUGUCCAACUUCUUAUUCACUUGCGGCUCAACUUUCCUUUUGGAAGGCUUGGCUAAUGGUGUCAAGGGUAUGGCCGGUCUAGGAAGGACUAAAAUUGGCCUUCCUUCCCAAUUUUCUUCAGCUUUUAGCUUCGAUAGGAAGUUCGCCAUUUGCUUGAGCUCUUCAACAACAUCUAAUGGUGUCGUAUUCUUCGGUGCUGGGCCUUAUGUAUUGAAUCCCGAUAUUGAUGUCUCUAGGUCACUUACCUAUACUCGGCUCGUCAUCAACCCUGUAAGCACAGCAGCGUCUUACUUUGAAGGCGAAAAGUCUUCGGAGUAUUUCAUUGGAGUAAAGUCCAUAAAAAUCAAUAACAAAGUUGUCCGUUUCAAUACUUCAUUGCUAAACAUUGACAAAAAUGGCAAUGGAGGAACGAAGAUUAGCACAGUCAAUCCCUAUACAGUAUUAGAAACCUCCAUUUACAAAGCUGUGGUUGGUGCAUUUGUGAAAGCACUGGCUAAAGUCCCGAGGGUAGCAGCUGUGGCACCCUUUGGAGCUUGCUUCGACUCGAACCACAUCGAUGUUACUCUAAUCCAGCCACGUUUUCUUCUGACUUUUAAAGGAAAGUCUAGUAGGAAGGUUUUCCACAACCACAUAUGA